GCCUACAUAUUCACACGGUCAAAGGUCAAUUUAAAUCUCCCAUUGAUGUCCAUGUGGCAGACCGGUAAUGCUGAGCUGUGGCUUCCGUCGUUUGUUUCUUUUGGCGAAUUUCUCGCGAGGCAUCACCUCAAAGCACUUUCAUUUAGGUGCUGCAAGUUGCUCCAGCUCUUGGGGUUCUAGAAAAUCAGUUGGGAAGGUGGAGUUUCUUGUUAAUCGUUUAAAAGACGUCGAGAAAUUAUCUACAAUGGCCGGUCAACAAGAUGGAGAGGUAGACAUCGAAACUGUGCUCGCGCCCCUGCGAGCCUCGGUGAAAGAGCAGGGUGACCUUGUGAGACAGAUGAAAGAAGGGGGGACUCCAGCCCAUGACAUCAAGAGAGCAGUGGUGGAACUGAAGGCCAGGAAGAAGGCUUUAGAAGAAAAGGAGCUUGCUUUGACGUCGAUAGGUGAGAAGUUUGAUCGGGCCAAGAUGGAAGACACUCUGAAAAGGCGCUUCUAUUAUGACCAGUCCUAUGCCAUAUAUGGAGGUGUGAGUGGGCUGUAUGACUUUGGGCCUACAGGGUGUGCCAUGAAAGCCAACUUCAUCAACAUAUGGAGGAAUCACUUCAUCAUCGAGGAAGGCAUGUUAGAGGUGGACAGUGCUAUAUUGGCUCCAGAGAAUGUCUUCAAAGCAUCGGGUCAUGUUGAACGGUUUGCAGACUUCAUGGUUAAAGAUGGCAAGACUGGAGAAUGCUUUCGAGCUGAUCACCUCCUUCAAUCAUACCUAGAGAAGUUAGGUGCUGCCAAGAAGGUGACCGAGGAGCUGAAGAAGGAAUACCAGACAGUGAUUUCUCAUCUAGAGACCUACGGUAAAGAUGAGUUAACGGAGCUGUUUAGGAAGUACCAGGUGAAAUCACCGACCACAAACAACGAUCUCUCGGAUCCCAUGGAGUUCAACCUCAUGUUUGCCACUGCCAUAGGUCCUGCUGGAAACAUGCCAGGAUAUCUAAGGCCGGAGACUGCUCAAGGUAUCUUUGUGAACUUCAAGCGACUUCUGGAGUUCAACCAAGGUCGUUUACCCUUCGGUGCUGCUCAGAUCGGCACUGCAUUCCGUAAUGAGAUCUCCCCAAGGUCCGGCCUACUCCGAGUCAGAGAGUUUACCAUGUGUGAAAUUGAGCACUUCAUCGACCCUUCCAACAAAGAUCAUCCUAAGUUUGAUACCGUUGCCAACUUGGCCAUCCCUCUGUUCCCUGUCGAUCGGCAGGUUGGUGGGCUCUCUCCAAUCACCAUGACGAUAGGGGAAGCAGUUGAAAAGGGCAUGAUCAAGAGUCGAGUCUUGGGUUACUUCAUGGGUCGAACCUUCCUCUUCAUGAUCAAGGUCGGGAUCGAUCCUAAGAAGCUGAGAUUCCGUCAGCACAUGUUCAACGAGAUGGCCCAUUAUGCUACCGAUUGCUGGGAUGCUGAGACCAAGACAUCAUAUGGCUGGGUGGAGUGUGUUGGUAAUGCUGAUAGAUCCUGCUAUGAUCUCACGUGCCAUGCAAAGCACAGCAAGGUGGCUAUGGUGGCUGAGAAGAAACUGCCUGAACCCAAGACCAUUGAUAUUACAGAGGCUGCUCCCGUGAAGAGUGUGAUGGGGAAAGCAUUCAAGAAAGAUGCCAAGAUUGUGGUGGAGCAUCUGACUAGCUUGGAAGCUGACCGACUUGCAGACUUAGAGAAGGCACUGACUGACAACAGUGAAGCUACCGUGGAGGUGAAUGGAAAGAGCUUUAAAUUGACUCCAGACAUGCUGAAGAUCAAUAGAUAUCAGAAGACUGUUCAUGUGGAGGAGUUCACCCCCAGCGUGAUAGAACCAUCCUUCGGAGUGGGUCGUAUCCUGUACUCAAUCCUUGAACACAACUUCAAAGUGAGAGAGAAUGAUGAACAGAGAACGUAUUUCACUCUGCCUCCAAUCAUCGCCCCAUACAAGUGCUGUGUACUGCCUCUCAGCUCCAACAAAGACUUUGAGCCUCUGGUAAAAACACUAGCCCAAGCGCUCUCCAAUGCCAGUAUAUCACACAAGGUGGACAGCAGCUCUGGGUCGAUAGGUCGUCGCUAUGCCAGGACAGACGAGAUCUCUGUGCCGUUCUGCAUUACGGUGGACUUUGAUUCGCUGAAGGAACCACACACCGUCACCCUGAGAGACAGGGACACCUUCGAGCAAGUCAGGACUCUGGUAUCCGAUGUAGCUGACAUCAUCCGAGACCUCUCCAGUGACAAGAUCAGGUGGUCUGACGUCCUUGCCAAGUAUCCAAAGUUUGAAGGUCAACAAGAGAAAGAUCAAUGAUGAUCACCCCAUCCAACCUUACUUUUUAUUUUGUCCAUUAAACCUGUUAACUAACAUAUUCAAAUUUAUCGAAAAUAAUAUCGCUAGUGACAUUCAUUUGUCUCGCAAUGUAUGGUCAACAAGGGAUCUAAAAAAUCAUGAUGUUUCAUGCGCCACUGCAACACUUUGUCAGGUGAUGAAAUAUAUUGUAAGCAAAUAUUCAAAUUUAUUGAUAUUUCUUUCCUUGGGACCUAGUGACAAAUCAUUCCAUUAACCUGUUAUUAAUGAAUGAACUACAAUACUUUGAAUCCAGUCUGCAUUCAUUUUAAGUUGCUAUGUCGGGCAAGCCUCAGGCAAACUUUGAGGCUGUCAGGAACAACCUUUGUUUGAAAAAGUAUGCAUAAAAUUUGAAUAUGCUAGUAGACUGGUCUAUUACCCAGUAGCAUCUUAAGAAUAUGUUCACUGUAAUUAUUUUCUCAUGCAAAGACAUUUUUAAUUGCAUUCUACUCCGUAUCGUUUUAGAAAGACUGAAAUAUUGAAUUGUCUACAGUAAUAUGCCAUUUCCGAUACAAAGUCAACCAGGGAGGAGAAUCCUGGGACCCGUUUCACAUAACUUGUCAUCAGUGACAAAUGACAGUAUUUGUUAUAAGCUAUUAAAUCCUUGCUUCUGACUGGUUAUCAGCUGAUUUGUCACUAAUAUUUGUCAUUUGUCAUUGAAAAGAAGCUUUGUUAAACAGGUCCCUGUAGAUAUAAGUGCAUGAGGUUAAUAUGUAAGAUCUUGUACUUAAAGGUA